AUGUGCGCGGCCCUCUCGCGUCAGUGCGACGGCUUUUUCAGCGCCAUCAAGAGAAGCGUCCUUUGGAAUACGCAGCGGCGUCGCAAUUAUGUGCAGGAGACUGCAGGGACGCUGUCGGAGCCUCUUCUCGGUAUCGCCGGAGAGAAUUUGGCGGAUGAGCUGCUGUCCUCCGUCAACGGCCGCGGCAGCGUGCGAGCACACGGCGGCUACAUGUCUUUCGAUCGCCUGUACGCCACCGUUGCGUCGUCGGCCGAAGAAGCCGGGCGCGCGUUUGCGGCGCUGCACGCACCUCUGACACCUGAAAACCGCGGGCAGCUCGAGAGCAACCUCGCGAAGGUGAGCUGUGGCGCCGCACGGAGUCCCAGCGAUGCUGGGAGUGCCGCAGGCGACGGGGCUGGCUUCCGCUACCCAGAUAUGUGCUGCCCGCCGAUGGUGACUCGCCAACUGGCGAACAGCGCCUCGGCACUCCCAAAGGUUCCGGAGAGGUUCGCGGAGCUUGGGGGGCGUUGGUUGGAGAUCAAGAAAGCCUUCUUCGCGCCCUCCACAGGGGCGUGUCUCUGCGGCCCAGACACCUACCUGCCUUACUUUGGCGAUGCGUUCGAGCCUGCGCCGCCAGCGGCGUUGCCGGUGGCGGCAACCCGUCGUCACGGAGCUGCCACAUCGUUCAGUCCAUCAGCGCUGGCGGCCAUAUUGCCAACGUACUUCGUGCCAGUGGUGGCGUUGCUGAAGCAGCUGCCGCCCGGGUACACGCUCGAGCACGUGCGCCGCGUAUUUGGCGAGACGAUGGCGCUGGAGAUGGUGGAGCUGGCGAACGAGGCGUACGUGCGGUUUUAUGGCGGAAAGGACGGCGAAGGCUUCACUCAAGGGGAGCGCACUGCGUGUGUUGGCGUUGAUGAGGACGCACAAGCAUCAGCGAAUGGCGGCAACAACGGUGGUGACUUCAACGACAACGACGAUGGGGAGCCAACAGCGCCUGGGGCCUCCGCGCUGGGGACACGCAGUGGCGAAGCGGUGCAUCAGUACAUCGCCGCCCACGAGCCGGGUCCGUACUUGUUCUACUCGUUUCUGCCGCGCUUCCCUCGGCCGUUUCAAUGGAUUCCCCUGCACGCUGUCAUCGAGCACGCCCCGCCGGCGGUGAAAGCGGCGCUGCUGCCGUUGUGUCAGCGCUCCACCUUAUUGUACUUUGCCCAGCAGCAGCACCGAAUGCAGUUCACGGCGCAGAAAGACGGCGCCGUCUGCCUCAGCUUUCCGCCGGUGCGCUCGCUGCGCGUGGAAACCACACCGCUGCCGCGUGAGUUGGCGGAGGUGCAGCGCCUUCUGCAGACCCGCGGGUUCGUGUACGCGUCGGAGAUGGAGGCCGGCCUCUCGUGUCGAAUCAGCGAUGGUGCUAAACGAAGCAUCAUCGCCUACGUCGGAACGCUGCGACGGUUUUUGUAUCAACACGAGAGCGUGUUUCGGCUGUCUGUCGUGCCAAGUACCAACCGCCGCUCCGCCGGCAUCAAAGCCGGCACACUACAGGCGGCGAUGUCACGCUCGUCCGCACCGACGCUUGCAGGCGCUGCUACGCAGGAGCACACACAAGAGGUGUCGCACGAGGCUAUCGCCGCGCCCUCGGCGUCGGAUAUAGCGAGCACGCUGUACCCGCCACCCCCGCCGAUGGUGCCGACGCGCCGCGGCUUUGGGUUUGCAAUCGAAGUGCCACCGAUAUCCACCGUCGAGGAGGACGACGCAGUGCCCGCGGCAAUGUUGUUCGGCAAGGGCAUCGACGCACUUGACGCGAAUGGGCUCCCUCACUGGUUGGCCUCAGCGGACCUCGCUGUCAUGUGCGAGGGGCAUGCGAUGAUGCAGCAUCGCAGUGGUCUCUCAUCCGAGGAACGGCAGCAAAUCACCUCGAGGCAGAAGCGCUUGAGCCAGAAGAUACGUCGUCGUAUGGCUUUGGUCGCUAACCCCAACUCGCCAUACACGGACCCCGAGGUGUAAUGGACGCCAUUCUGGGGGUAUCUGCCGCCCACACGGCACAUCGGACUGCGCAGCCGCCUACAGGCGCUGCCACCGGCGAUCACCGACUUCCUCCCCACAGAUCCGAUCCAGCUGUUCCGCAACGCGCUGACAAAGGUGCAGCUGUUCGAGUUUCGUGAGCGGAACAACAUUCGCGUGAUGCGGCCGGGCCUGCCGCUGCCGGACGGACGACUGCGCAGCAGCUACACUGUCGAUGAGUUGUUGCACAUGCUGGCGGCUGAACUACCGCCGGGGCGGUCGCGCACCUCGAUGGAUCUCUUUGGCCGCCUUCCGUAUGGCGCACGCGAGACGAUACGCCUGCAGCAUCGCCACUUGAUCAACCUGGUGGAGCAAUACCCGCAGUAUUUCGUUGUUGUUUACGUAGAUGCGGAGUCGGCGAAGAAGAACCUGGCACGCGUUCAGAUCAUCCAAAGCCCACCACCCGCGACCACACUUUCGGACGACGAAUGGGGAGCGAAGAGAACUACGGUUUCGGAUGACAUGUUGCAGGCGGCUGCGCGGGAGGAUCACGCCAUCCUAAUGGCGGAACUUCCGCCAUCCUUGCGGGAGACGCUAAACCUGAAGCCGAUGCGGUAG